CAUUACAUUGUGCUAUUUUGCAAGGAUUCUACAAACACUGGCCGCCUCGUUAUUCCGUAACUUGGACGCCAAUCAUCUUCCCUGAGUCGCUGGCUAUUUCGAGAGAGAUUUGGACUCUUCCCCUAUCCCAAUAGAGGCUGGUAACUCUGCCCAGACUUGCCAAACCUUUUCCUUGUGUCAUGCUAUCUUGACAGGGGGUGUCCACUAAACCACCCUCCCGCGUGGGGAGAUUAUUCUGGGCCGUAGCUCCCGCCGAACGGGCCACGUAUCCUGCAGCGAUUGCCCUAUUCGACACAAUAUUAGAUGACUAUUCGCCGCUGGAACAUCGUCUCGGAGAAAAGCAACCAGAAGUAAUCGGUGCGUUUCGGCCCCCACACGAUUUCGCCACUAGUACAUCCGAAGCUCUGUGUGAGUCCAUUCGAGAGCUUCCCGACCCUCUCCUGGAACAUGCGUUCGUUUGUUCCAUCAGCCCACUCGGAGCGUGUAGCUUCUCGACAGAAGGGCCACUUCGCUCCCCUGACCUGUGUCCCCGGAAGGUGCGACCUUCCACAAGUACCAUUUGGGUUCCCGUCCGGUCCACUCCGGUCCCCCCCCCCACGAAGCCGCAUCUCAGGACCUUCCUUCGUUGAGCUUCCUUUGUUGCCAUCGUGCGCGGGUGGAGAAGUCCAACACAGUGAUUACUCGACGAAGAGCGGGGAUUCCACAAGCUGGGUGUUUAUUUGCACUAUCCUUUGCGCGACUCGUGGAGAUGAAUGCACCAAUCGUAUGGCUUCCAUCGGUUCUUUCUCUUCGUACCGUUCGGACUGGCCCUGUCUUUGUGGACAACAGAUCCCUAUUCGAGUUAUAUUCGCGGAGAACGCAGUAGCCAUGAUCCAGAUCUGCUUUUUCUGUCGACGAGGAAUAACGGUCUUUGCCAGAUAUUGCCACCCGCAACCCGAUCAAAUAUUUUGUCUAGCGCUUGUCCUGAACUUUAGAUCACUUCGAGUACUCGGGUCAUUGUUGCGCCUUGAUUUUCGCUCUCAAGGACAUCUGGUUCACCCCGGUUCCCGCCCAGGAAGCCACACUCCUAGUUUAUCCAUUCUCGGUGGACUUGCAUGGACGCCUUAACCUUAACUAGCGUUCCAUACCACAUCUGGCUCUCCGUCCGAUUUCUUCUUCUUUACUUAGAAAACCAACUACAUGCAGUAGAGGCUGGUCACCUGCCUAGACUGAGUCUCCAUAUUACAUCCCCGAUCCUCGUUAUAUAUUAAUCUCAAACUUCCACUUCUGUAUUAUUUCCUUGGAGUAGGUUCGAAUGUACGAAAACCCAUCGAUAAACAAACGGCCGUGGCGAAGAAAUUGGGUUUAGCCCCCAUCAAGCCGGUUGCACAAUAAGCAGCCUCAGUAGUGUACGUGGUAUGUAAGGCUAGGACU